UUACCCUACCAUGCGGCCAGUCCACUCUCGGUCUCCAUACAGAACUGUUCCUCGAUCCUCACCAUCAUCAAUACUCAACAUGCCCGAAUCUGGAAGUCAGUACGUCAAUUUGGAAGAUGGAACAACAAGAGGAUGGUUUUCCCGCGUCAUGAGUCAUCCAAGACAACGCAAUAUUUGCAUCUCCUUGGCUGUUGUUUCUCUGAUUGCCGUUGGUAUCGCCGGUGGAACGUGGUAUUACGUGAAACACGAGGGCCAAGUUCAUCCAGUAACUCCUACCACUCCUUCUCCAACAACUUUGCCAACAACACCAACAACCACAGCGCCGACUACGUCCACGUCUCCAACUACAACCACAAGUGAAGGGUCUACAACCAAGAAACACGAACCAACAACCACAACCGAAGGGUCUACAACCGAGAAACACAAACCUACAACCUCAACUGAAGUGUCUGCUUCCUCUAGCACCACAGCGAAAGGACACCCUACUACUUCUACUGUAAUUCCAAUGUCUUCGUCUACUGCUGAACCGACAACAAAACAUCCUAAACACACAACCACCUCGACCGAAGUACAACCUUCAACAACCACAGAGGAACAUACAACCUCAACUGAAGUACCAUCUCCUUCAACCACAGAGGAACACACAACCAAAAAACAUAAACAUACAACCUCAACUGAAGUACCAUCUCCUUCAACCACAGAGGAACGCACUACCAAAAAACAUAAGCAUACAACCACGACCGAGGAACCAUCUUCUUCAACCACAGAGGAACACACAACCUCGACCGAGGAACCAUCUCCUUCAACCACAGAGGAACACACAACCAAAAAACAUAAGCAUACAACCAUGACCGUGGAACCAUCUUCUUCAACCACAGAAGAACACACAACAUCGACCGAGGAACCAUCUCCUUCAACCACAGAGGAACACACAACCAAAAAACAUAAGCAUACAACCACGACCGAGGAACCUUUAACCACAGAGGAACACACAACCAAAAAACAUAAACAUACAACCUCAACUGAAGUGCCAUCUUCUUCAACCACAGAAGAACACACAACAUCGACCGAGGAACCAUCUCCUUCAACCACAGAGGAACACACAACCAAAAAACAUAAGCAUACAACCACGACCGAGGAACCUUUAACCACAGAGGAACACACAACCAAAAAACAUAAACAUACAACCUCAACUGAAGUACCAUAUUCUUCAACCACAGAGGAACACACAGCCUAAAAACAUAAGACUACAACUUCUUAGGGAUCUCGGUUUUCAUCCACGAAAUAAAUAAACCUAAAUAUAUUUACAUACUCUAUAAAUAAAGAUAUACAAGUCCAUGGAGAUAAUCCAUCUUUAGCUGUGGAAAAAAUACAACAAAAUAAUUGAAUUAUGUUACUUCUAAGACUGAAUCUCUUUAAUCGCUGAGUGACUACUUUAAGGAUUUCAAACCCGAUAUUCUCUCUACUAAGGUAUCGUUACUUUUAACCUCUACAAUAUUAAACUGCAACAUGAUCAUCCAAUUAAGAUCACCGAAUAGCUUGAGUCAAACCAAAAGAAAAAAAAAUAUUUUGAAACUUUAAGAAAGUUAAGGAAAGUUUAAGAAAUUAAAUUAAGUAGUUCUAUACAAACUCACUAAUAUUUUUAAUUGAUUGUCUAUGGAACAAGUUCAAAUCUAGUGUAUGUUUGCGUUCGUAAUCAAGA